UAAAAAUAAAAAAACACAAGCAAAAUAAGAAUAAAUCCUCCCUUCCCUUCCUCUUCUUUCCCCUUGCCUUCCCUUCCACUCGCAGCGAUUGCUCCGCCCUGCCCCGCCUUCUAGAACCUUCUGGAACCUCCCCCAUCACCCCCAUCACCAAGCGGAAGCAGCAGGAGAUGGGCAUCGGGCGGUGAGGCGUCGCCGUCUGCGAGCUCCCCCCUACCCAUCCGCCAGUGCUCCGGCGCUCCCCCCACCUCCCGAUCUGCUCCGUCUCGCCGGCCGGCGCAAUCCGGGAACCCGCAACCCUAGCCGGGGGCGGGCACCGAUCCCGACGCUGGCGGCGCGGUUCUCCUGUUCGUCGGCGUCGACGACGGACAAAUAUGAUGGACGUUUUAAUUGCUUCCCCUUGCUGUCACUGAGCACAUUUCCUUUACUCAAAGACAAGACAUGGUGUUGCAGAAGAGGUUGGAUUAUGGAUCCCAUGGCCAUCGGGUUCCUGAUAAACCACCUGUUACAACAUUGGCUCCGGUGAAACGCUCCUUGAGGAUAAGGAAAAAGCAGAUGUAUGCGCUUGACUUGCUUGCGACAGCUGCAGAAACAUUAUUGGCAGAUCAAGACAAUUUAUCCAGCAGGCCUAACAUAAAUGGAACACCAGAAGGCAUGAAAUCAGUUAAAGUGGAACAGUUUGACAAAGCGUUUCCGUUGAGAAGCAUGGCUGUGCAGAGAGAUGCCUGCAAAGGGUGUACAGUGGGUCGUGCAGGCAUCUCUGGCUUUCUCAGACAAGCUAAUAUGCGCUUGGCUGAAAACUCGUCGACUCAAAAUCUAGCUGAUUCAGUACUAGAGUCACUAACAGCAAACUCAGAUGUGUUGGCUAAGGACUCAUUUGUUAGAAGUAGAAAAUCAUGUCGAUUGGGUUUUGGUCUUGGCACGAUUCCAGAGUAUGGUGCUAUUGGAGUAUGCCAGCCUUGGUCAACAAGAUCGGCCGAGGUUAAACAAGUGCAUCGGGCGAGACCAACAGUGAUCAGAAGUCAAGCAGAUACUGAUGCUGCAGCUCUAUGUGCUUUGGUUGAGACCAUGGAUUUGGACACCAGACCUCCUGCCGAGGCUAGCUCUGGUAGUAGCUCAGGAGUGCACAUGUGCAGCGACUACGGGGGCCAUAGCUCCCACCCCUCGUGUUUGGCUAAUGUGCAGCAUGCUGCAUGCAGAGAUGAUGACGAAAAUUCUUCUGGGUGUGUGCAUCCAAGCACCUCAGGAAAUAACCGUGGCUAUAUUCCACACUAUAUAGGUGACCGUAGGAUAAGGAGAUUGUUUGCCUCCAGGUUAAGGAAGGCAGCUCGCAAUAAGAUAUGUGGAAAGAUGUCCUGUAAAGGUAGCAAGCUGAAUUUCUGUGCAAAGAAGAUGUCCACUGUGCGCCGAAGAGUGCAACAAACAACUUUAAAGAGGAAAAGACAUGCUCAACUUUACUCUGAAAAAUCAUCCGAUGAAGUCAAGUUAACCAUCAAAUCUUUCAGCAUCCCUGAACUACUAAUUGAGAUCCCUGACAAUGCAACAGUUGGUUCUUUGAAGAAAACUGUUUCAGAUGCUGUUACUACUAUAAUUGAAGGCGGUCUCCGUGUUGGUGUACUUAUUCAAGGGAAAAAUAUUCAAAAUGACAACAAGACACUUCGUCAGGCUGGCAUUUGCCGUGGGAGAAAACUAGAUGACAUAGGGUUUACUCUGGAAUGUGAAGCUGCACGAGAUUCUAGCCCUGGAGUAAUAGUGCCAGAAGAAGAUUUUGUUGAUGCAUCUGAUGUUGACAAGUUUGCUACGAUAAAACCCGAAGAACCUGAUGAGAACGAGCAGCUUAUGCAAGAUUUUCCAGGCUGCAGCCUGAGUGAUCCUGGUUCUGUUGAUUAUCCUGUGGAAUGGACCACGCAAGAAACAUCAGCAAGCUCCCAAGCCAUCGUCCCUUUUGCAGAUCAAAACGUAGAGGCGCUAGCCAUAGCCAGUGUGCCUCUUUCGAGGUCAAAGCGACUGGAUUUUGGGCAAAGACGCAUAAGAAGGCCUUUCACUGUUGCUGAAGUGGAGGUGCUGGUGGAAGCUGUCGAACACCUUGGAACAGGAAGGUGGAGGGACGUCAAAUUUCGCGCGUUUGACAAUGCUCAUCACAGGACCUAUGUUGAUCUGAAGGACAAGUGGAAGACCCUUGUGCACACGGCGAGCAUUGCGCCACAGCAAAGAAGGGGGGAGCCGGUUCCACAGGAGCUGCUGGACCGUGUGCUGGCUGCACAGUCGUACUGGUCGCAGCAGCAGGCAAAGCUCCAGGGCGACCCCCCGGUUCCUGAAAUCUGCCCUACCUGAUGAUGGAUGGGAUGGCCGCAAAGAUGGUGUACAAAUCUGUGUAAAAUUUGUUCAAAGGGAAUUUGGUUGGCUUUGCGUUUGAUUGAAUUUGUCGACAGUGAAAAAUC